CUGGCGCAACGGUCCUCUUUGGCUUGUGUGCCUGUCCGGAGCGCGACUGUGGCCUUCGCUGAGGGGACAGCGUAGGUGAGAAUGGCUUCCACAAGAAAAGCUAGCUGUCCUAUAAGUGGUAUUUUUGGUGAUUUCAGUGAUGUUUCCUUAGAAGAUUCAAAGAUGGAAGAACCCAGAAACUUGAAAAUCAGUAGAAAUCUUACCAAAAUAGCACCUAGUCAAAGCAGAUUUCUAAAAAGAAACCAAACCCUGGGUGAGAAACACUUCCUCCCAAAAGAGAAGGCCGUACUGGAGAGUGGGCUCAGGAUUUCCUCUGGUCGACCCCCCACCACCACCUCAAAGAUCAGAGCCAAUCCUGCACUCAUGAAGUUGGCCCAGAUAGAAACCAGGAUCAUGAAUCGGAAGGUGCACUUGAAUUUGUCUGACACCGAAUCUGACCCAAAGACCACUGAUGAUAGUCCUUGGAAGAGAGCAGAUGAAAUCCUCCCCAGGAGGACAGUUGAACAUUCCACACAGAAUACAGACCAGACUUCCCAGGAACAAGCCCAUGACAUUCCCGUCGCAGAGAGUAGUGCACAGAGUAGGAAGGGCAGUAGGUUUCUAAAGAAGAAGAAACCACCUGUUGAAAAUAGAUCCCCAGAGGCACAUGUUGGGAAAGAGAGGACUUUUCAAACACCCAAACCGAAGGAACCUGCUAGAAAAUUUGAUUCUCCAGACAGUGAUGAAGAGGAGAUGAAAGAGUUGCUGGGAAGCUUGAUGGAAUCUUCUAGAGAAAAAGAAAUAUAUAUGAAUCAGGGUUUCACCAGCACUGAAGUCAGUGAGAAAGAACGAAUACAGCUGUUCUCAGAUCUGAUCCCGACUCAACCGAGAGUUCUUUCUCUACCCAGCAUGGAGCUUUCCAGCCCGAAGCCUUCUUGGACAUCACACCUGCCAACCUCACAGUCUGCAGAUGGGACCCUUCGCAGCGCUCACUCAAGAACUGGCUCCCUGGAGAUUCAUGUUUCUGGUGACACAGCCUCCUGCACAUCGUCACUUUCCAUGGCAGGCACUUUUUCACAAUCAGCACCUUCAAAAAUAGGGCGCAUCAAGCUUAUGUCCUCCCCCAGGAAUGAGGCUGGGCCUCAGGAUGAGUCGGUCUCAGAAGCUACUGAUGACAGCCCGAACGAUUUUAGAGUCAAUAUUUUAUCCCUUGAGGACCUGGCUCCAGCUGUCAGUGAGAAAUCAGACUUGGAACAGAAAAAAGAAUCUGCUCAGAGGAAAAAACCGUCGAGCAAAAGCUGCCUGGCCAAGGCGCCUGCUAGGCAGAAAAUGCCGAGACAUGCCCAGGCUAGGAGCUCAGUGUCUCAGAGUGAGGUCGCCUCUGCAGACAGGGACGAGGACCUCCCCACUGAAAGUGAGGUCUCAGAGCAUCUGAGUGCCAACGUGACCUCAACUGCCUGGCAGGACAGUGCGGCCAGCGCGAAGUCGUCGUCCAGAGCUCUGACGGUGAGCACAGUGAGCCCAGCUUAUUCUGAAGACUUUGAACACUCCCCAAGUCCAACAGCAUCUGAGCCAACAGCCCAUUCUGAGGGGUCUCUUGGCCGAACAUGGGACACUUUGUCUUCAAGUCUGGAGACAGGCCUUUCUCCUCACCCAUCUGAGUCCGGGAGAAAGUGGGGCAGGGACGUGACAAGGGUCACUGUGAAGGAGACAGCCGUGCAGACUCUCGAUCCUGCCUUUACCUGCCAAUGGACCACGGCGGCUGGCGUGGCAGCCAUCGGGCCUGCCCUGGGAGGCACCUAUGUGGACCCAGCGCCCAUCGCCAGUCACAUCAUCAGUGCAGAUGCCAUAGAAGCCCUGACAGCUUAUAGCCCGGCCAUGCUGGCACUGAAUGACCUGCUGAAGCAGCAGCUGAGCCUGACGCAGCAGUUCCUCGAGGCCAGUCGCCAUCUGCACAUCUCCCUCCUGCAGUCCCUGGACAGCGACUCAUUCCAUUACCACACCCUGGAGGAAGCCAAAGAGUACAUUAGGCGCCACAGGCCUGCUCCGCUGACCAUGGAGGAUGCCCUGGAAGAGGUGAAAAAGGAGCUGUGAGCACGAGGAGCCUGUCUUCUCAGUAGGUAGUCAUGAGGAGACUGUGUGCCUGGCAUCCUUGAUGACGCACCAGGGCCAGUGGAAAUGGAGUCCUGGAUGGAGCUGUCACCGCUCAGGGCAGGAUGGGGGCUACCAGCCUCUGCAGAGCAGCUCCACCCACCCAUGUGUUGGCUUGCCAGCCAGCCUGAGGGAGAUGUGGCAGAUGGCAGGAGCCCCGGAGACACAGGACCAAGUCACAUGCUGGAGACUCCGACCCCAGGCUCCACAGUUUAGUGAGUCUGCACCAAGAAGGUGCCCCCACUCUGCAGCCCGAGCACACUUCUGACCAAAAUACAUAGAGAAAAGGUCUUUAAAAAAAGUCUUUAUUUGAAGGCAAAACAGUAAAACCCACAAGAAAUCAUUAACAGCAUGUGUGUACAUUUUCUCCUGAAUCAGAUACUUUUGAACAAUUCACAGCUACAGGAAAUCUAGAAGAAAAUUGAGUAUUUUAUCACAUCAGGUUGAAAAGUUGGAGAGGACUUUGCAUCUUAGUGAAAAGGAUUUUUCAAAAAUGUUUCUAUACAAAUAAACGGCACUGCACCAAGUUGCCCGAGGA